AAAAAACAACAAAAACAGAGAAUCGUUACUGCUGCACAGUUUAUCACCACCCCAAAGUGCAAUCUAAUCAUAAUCGCACAAAACAUAGUUUAUAACCAUCAGAAAAGUAAUGCAACUAGCGUGAAUAUAUCCUACUAAACACACUGAUAAUUGAGAAUGGAGGGCGACAAACUCCUCAUGGCAGCAGGGGUGACCGCGGCCGUGGUUGUGGGUGCGUUUGUUUUCUGGGGCCCAACUGGCUCAUCCCGAUUGCGCCAGCGUCGGGGUCAAAUCGCGGGAUUACAUAAUUUCGGGAAAACUUGUUUUCUCAAUACGCUACUGCAGGCGCUGGCCGCAUGCCCGCAGUUUAUAGCAUGGCUGCAGCUUCACAAUCCUAAGGACAAGAAAAGUUUGGUGAGCUCCCUUCAGAACGUUCUGGAGGUUGUGAAUGGUACACAUCCGACACUCCGCGGGGAUCCAUACUCUCCGGGAGCCGUUAUUCGGGCGCUGAAUUCCCUAGGUUGGGUCAUUCCACCGGAUGAACACGAUACGCAUGAGUUGCUACACGUGCUACUGAACUCCCUGGAAGAGGAAGUAACUAAACCGAAGCAAAUCGGUUGCCUUUCGGACGCCCUUGGGGAAGAAGAGCUCCGGGCAAUGAUGCCACCUGCUAGACCCUCCAGUGCGAUGCUUUCCGACUUUUGUAACGCUGAGUACGAUGAGUCCACCAAUUUGACGCGUUAUGCGCGGUCCGAGGCGCACACACCGGAUUCUCCCCACUCUAACUGCACCGAGACCGAAGAUUCCAUGUCGGUCCAAGAUGGUUCGCUGCUGGAUUGCGCCGGUUCACCGCCUUCGAUUAUAUCCAGCUUCUCCGGGAGACCCAGCAGACCACGAUCGAUUCUUGCAACCGAUGUGGCCCAGAAUGGGGGCCUCAAUAAGAGGAACUCGGGCUCAUGUAGGUCUCUGGAACGGUUGACCCGAGGACCGGGUCGGGUGUCGGUUUGGGGCGACCGGAAGCAGAUUCAAGUUCCCCACCCGUUCCGAGGAGGGUUGAGUAGUCAGCUGUGCUGCUCCGGCUGUGGAUACAAAUCUGUGGUGCGGUACGACAAAUUCGACAGCAUUACGCUGUCGCUGCCGGAGAUCAAGAAUCCGGGCAUUUCGCUCGGAAGCCUGCUGACGGAAUUCAUCCAACCGGAAACGCUGCACGGAGUGCAGUGUGAGUCCUGCAACGAAACGGCAACCCACACGAAGACGCUGACGUUCGGAAAGCUGCCGGCGUGUUUGUGCAUUCACAUUGCCCGGACCACGUGGCUUCCCACGGGACACGCCUACAAGCGGCAGGAUUUCGUUCACUUCCCCGAGACGCUUUCGAUGGCUCCGUACAGCUUCGUGCAGCCCAGUUUGAACAGUGCCAUGAGUACCCCCUGGGGUUCCACAAUGUCGCUUUAUUCGGCCAGCCUCGGGGCGACGGCUUACGAUGCUGUGAUUGGUGGUGGUGGUGGUGGCGCACCUGAACAAAACACACCGGUUGGUUCGGUUGGGAGUGCGUUCAGCUUUGGUGGGUCGUAUACCUUUGGGGCUAUGUUCCCUCGGAAUCUGUAUCGACUGCUGGCAGUGAUUGUGCACUCGGGGGAGGCAAACAGUGGCCAUUUCGUGACCUACAGGCGUGGUGCACUGAGGAAUUCACACAAGUGGUACUACACUUCGGACACGAUCGUCAAGGAGGUGACGAUCGAGGAGGUGCUAAGCACUCCGGCUUACAUGCUGUUCUACGAUCGGGGACCAACGUCCAAGUAUAACCAGGCUAGUGGUGGAAGUGGAGGAACAGGGGUAGGUUCGAGCGUAGGGUCCUCCGGAUUUGGACAGUAAACGCUCAUUCCAACGAAUCAAAACUGUUGCAGCCGCACAGUCUGGUAGAGUUAUCAUUAGCAAUUUUGACGGUAACAUCACAUAUUAAGACUGUUUAAGACCUCUCGUGAACGUGAACGUUAACAAACUUUUUUUUUCAUAAUUCAUCAGUCCAUAUAUAAAACGCGAGGAAAACAUUUUGAAACGCUGGGAAGAAAUAUUUUCUAGUUGAAAACAUAUUUAAACACAAUCCAUAUUAGAUUAAAAUGGAUUAAUUAAAUAUUUCACUACGAUUCUGAAUUUCUAAAAAGGUAGAUUUAGAGUUCCCGUGAACGUGAACGCGGACAAACACUUUUUUACUAAUAAUUCAUCAGUCCAUAUAUAAAACGCGAGGAAAACAUCUUGAAACGAUAGGAAGAAACAUUUUCUAGUUGAAAAACAUGUUUGAACACAAUUCAUAUUGAUAAAAAUGGAUUAAUUCAAUAUUUCACAACGAUUCUGAAUUUCCACCGUGGAAUCGAGAUGUUGGUGAACUCACCAUAGUUCACCGACUUCGGUGAACGUGAACGUGAAAAUAGUGGUGAAUAUAGACGUCAAAAUAUUUCCCCGUUCAUGUUCACGUUCGAAUGUCCCAAGGCAUUCUGAAAAUUAUUUCACCGUGAACUGUAAAAGGAUAUGUUUAGCAAUUUUCAAGUUUUCAAUGAAAAUUUGUAUAUGGAUUUCAUUCCAUCAGAUCUCUGAACGGGUUAAAAAAACUUCAUUGCUUCUGGUUGAUUCGUGAACAACUGUAUAUUUUAUCCGAAUUACUUUAUUGAAGAUCGAUGUUUAUUUACUUCACGUUUACUGCCGAACUUUUAAUAUGAACGUGAACGUGAACAAAAUCAUUCUAUUCACCACGAUUUUUUGAGUUGUUUGUUCGCAAUGUAGUUCACUGUGAAAUGAUCGCACUAUUCCACCACCUGUUCAAGUUCACGUUCACGGGAACUCUAAACCAGGCUUAACGUGAAAUCGAGAUGUUGGCGACUUCACCGUAGCUCGCAGCCAUCGGUGAACGUAAACGCGAAAACAGUGGUGAAUAUAGACGUCAAAAUAUUUCCCCGUUCAUGAUGUUCACGUUCGAGUGUUCCAAGGCAUUCUGAAAACUAUUUCGCCGUGAAUUGCUAUUGUUUUAUUCUAAUAGUAUGUUCUGGAUGCUUUUCGUGAGGAUAUUUUUAUCUAAGAAAUGAAGAUUGAAUUGGAAGGAAUCAUCCAAACGGAAAAAUACUCCAAUAUGGAGUGUCUCCAGUAUAGCGUAAUAAAAAUAUGCUGGACGAACAAAAGAAGGAAAUUGCUAAGCAAAUCAAAAGACAUUCCUGACUGUUGGAUGAUUUUUUUUAUCGAAACGUAAUGAUGCUUCCACUCUACGCCAGGCUGUGUCAUUGAAAAGUGACGAUAUUGAGACAAAGAAACUGGGACACACAACUAUGAACAUCUGAAGCGGGACGCAUCGGGAAAGCACCUUAGAGGCCCGUGACCUCAGUUAUGCCAUUUCCAGUCAGCGUACAUCGUCUCGGUGGUGGUGGCAGUUGUAGGCUUUUAGGAGGUUGCUUUAGAAGGCAAGUAGCUUGACUUAUUAUUUUUCUAUAUUAUUUUUUAUUUUCCGAAAACAAACGCAAGAAAUACACACGAGACAUCACAACAUUACAACCGGAGAUAGACUACAUAAAAAGAAUAACUCUACCUUUUUAUCCCAAAAUCACGAACCCCAUUGAAAACAAGCUCAAACGACAAGAAUUACACAUGGUGUACAAAAGUGGGAACACACUUCGUGAUUUAUUGUGUAACCUGAAAGACAAGAUUUCUCCUGAUGAGAAAUCCGCGAUCUACGAAAUACCGUGCCGAGAUUACCCCGAUGUAUACAUCGGGCAAAGCAGCAGGAAAAUAAAGGUACGCAAUAGGGAGCAUAAAACAGUGGUAGAGAACAAUAAACCGAACGAAUCAGCAAUAGCGACACACUCCACCAGCCUUGACCAUAAAAUUGAUUGGACGAAAGCAAAGCUAUUAAAUAUGUUCAAAAAUCUUCACAACUUCACGCAUCGGAAUCAAUGUUCAUCAGCAACUCCCAGAAGCCGCUUAUGAAUGAAGAUGAUCCACCCAUCUCAUCGUGCUUGUACAACUUGACGGAGCAGAGAAUUCAGUGACUUAUAUCUUAAAUCUUCGGACGACUACGCAACACGUACGAAGAUGUAAUCAGUCGGACAUUGUCCCGCAGAUGGGCAGCUUCGCACUCGAAACCGGUCGACAGAAGAUGAAUUUUAAUUCGUUUAAUUAAGUAAGAACAAUAAGUGUUAUGUCUUGUCUCGCGUCGCGUCUUAUAAGUGAAGUAACUUGACGUUUCGGUUUCUCCGUCGUCUGCUAUCCCUUUGAGUUCCAGCCGCAUUGCCCGAUUCUUACGCCUGGUCGAGCUUUAAUGACAAAUCUACCACCUCAGCAAACAUUCGAACCGGGACGCAUUUCAAACAGCAUCUUGGAAGCCUCCGUCUCCUUUGCCUCAGUCUUCUCUGUUCCAGUCAACGUUCAUCAAAGUCGCCUCGGUCCAGAUGGCAGUAGUAGACCGGGGGCUUCCCAGUUUGCUUCAGCAGACAAGUACCUUCACAGUUCAGUCUUUUCGUCGCCUGAUACCGUCUUGAAUUCCAGCCCCGUCACAGUGAUCUCGACAUCUGCGUCUACCACUUCGCAUUCCAACGUUCUCUCGCUACCAGGAAAUCGUCGUAUAAUACCAGAACGUCGGCGCAUCAAUGUCGACGAUUUCCUUCUAGCUAACGUUUGCAUUAUAAACGGUUUUUUUCGGAUGGUGAUAAAAAAAACUAAGACAGAUAAUUGAGUUUCAAAAAAAAUUUCAUAGCUUACUUGCAAAAGAAAUUGUACGCCCUUCCGGCAGUUAACCGGAACAUUCGCCAUGGACGAAAACAUGCGUGUAGGUUUGCCCAGAAAUUCUCGAUGGGACGCAGCUGAGGGAAGUUGGGCGGGUUCACCGACUUGGGAACCAAAUCGAUAUUCAGCCGCUCCAUCUCCUCUAAAGAUCGCUUCGAGUAGUGAGCCGACGCCAGAUCCGGCCAGAACACCGCGUCUUCCCCCUUAUGGUAUUUCUUGACGAACGACGCAACUUCCGGCAAGCACUUCGUACUAUAAACAUCCACGUUCACGGAGCUAAAGAAGAACGGCUUUGACAUCCCCUUAUCGCUGAUUGUCAGCCACAGAAGCACCUUCUUGGGGAACUCUGUGUGUGAAAUAAACUUCAUUUCGGAGCUCACUUCCUUCGUGGGGGAAGUAAAAUACGAAGUGCUCUGCCAGUCGUUGCCUUCCAGGGUGGGAUAGGUCUCGUCGUUCAUCACCACCGUCACGUCGCUAUUCGCCGGAAAAAUCGACUUGACCAUUUUAUUCAGCCGCUGUCGCCAGCUCCGUGACCAGUGGAUGGGACUUCCGUUUCCAGACAUGUAUGUCCAUGUUCGCCAGGUACUUUUUCACUGUUUGGCCAGUUGCACCGACCUCCCGGCCAAGCGCGCGCAGCGAUGUAGCCACUUUUCUCUCGAUCUUUCUCUUCGGCAUCAUUUAGAGCUUCUUGUCGCUCAGGGUCGUCGGCCGUUCGGAACCAGGCUUUCUUUCGAUGCUCUGAUUGUUGUCCAAUAGUGCCAAUAUGUUGUAGAUGCCGGAACGGGCGUAUCCGGCGUCCACAAAGUGCCGCACGAUGUCCGUUUUCGACGCAUACCGUUCUUUGAACGCGCACACUUCUGAACGGUGUAGCUUCACUGUUUUCGCCAUCACGGUCAGAGUUCGACUGAUAGAGUUGUCAAUUUUUUUCAGCUGACUCAUGGGUUAAUAUGAUUGAUUUUUGUCUAUUUUUUUAAUGCAAACGUUAUACUGAUGGAUGUGACGACAUAUCGUACCAAAUGCCAAAAUUUCCAAAACAAUCGCCAACCGCAUUUUCGAAGGAAUUCUAUCCUUCGGGCGAGUGUUCGUUAGGCACUCCAAGUGUUUUUCGACCCGUGAAGGUUCGAUUUCUUAAAAUUCCAUCCAUGUGAAAGAUUUCAUUGAAAACUCGAGAGCUGCUCAACAUAUCUUCGAAGGCAGUUUUGAUUCGUCCGCAUUCAUUUCUUUUCGAUAAAUAUGGAUGUACUCGACAAAGACGUCGAUUUCGUCUUCUUCCUGUGUCCAACAAUGGUAGCAAAACAACGAAAACGCCACCAAGAAUAAGCACAUCACUCGAAUUAUCCAUAUUUACGUAACCAACUGUAUCUUUUAUCCGAAUUACUCUAUGGAUGCUCGAUGUUCAAUUGCUUCACGUUUACUGGCGAACAUUCAAUAUGAACGUGAACGUGACCAAGAACAUACUAUUCACCACGAUUUGCUGAUUUGUUUGUUCGCAAUUGUACUAUAACACCACCUCUUCACGUUCAUGUUCACGGGAAGUCUAAAUCAGGCUUCACCUGGGUCAUUGAUGGUGCAAAAACUAAUAAAAAAUGAAAAAGUGAUACAUAUAUACUUUAUGUCCUAAACGAAAAUAUUUCAGGUUAUAAAAGAAGCGAAUUGAGCUUAUAAUCAGCGAUUAUUCCACCGUCUUUGAAAGUGCUCUAAACCCACGAAAAAAACAGAACUGUAUCGAAACAUAACCAACGUAGCUAAUGAUAAUCUUAUUUCCUGAAACUGGAUGCAUUUAUUUGAUGAGAUUAAAUCGAUGUGAUUGAUUUCCGGUGUCCGAGUUUAAUUUGCAUAAUGUUGACACCUAAUACUCUGCAUUCUGUACAUACAUAAACUUAUUUAGUUAAUUA